UCAGGCGCCAUUUGUUCAGACGCGCUCGCGAAGUCGUGUUAGUCAUGUAAAAAGAUAGAAGGCGGGCUUGGGUGGGUUGUACUGGGAAUAACUGAGUUGUACAUUGAAGUAACACAAUCAUAAUUAUAUAUGCUAUAGAGAAAACCAGUAGACUCAAAUGACAACGAGACGAUGAGCGGAGUUUUACAAUCGGAGCAUUCGAGGAAUAAUUGUUGCAUCGCAAACCGACAACACUUCAUCUCAACGGCGUUUAAAAAAUUGUGACUGAUCUGAAAAAGAGAAGGCGUCGCAAACAGGCAAGAAUGUCUCUGAGUGCCAGUGCCGAGAAUCUGUCGUCGGAGGGACAAAGUAGCGAGAGGUGGAAUAUGUGCCUGGAACUGGCACUGGAAGGUGAACGCCUCUGCAAGGAUGGCGAUUGCAAGUCAGGCGUUGCUUUUUUCCAAGCUGCGAUCCAAGCUGGUACGGAUGAUCUGCGAGUGUUGAGUGCUAUCUACAGCCAACUGGGCAAUGCGUAUUUUUAUCUUGGCGAUUAUGUCAAGGCAAUGCAGUAUCAUAAGCUAGAUCUGACACUUGCCAGAAACAUGGGUGACAAAUUAGGUGAAGCCAAAUCCAGUGGAAAUUUAGGUAAUACACUGAAAGUUAUGGGAAAGUUUGAUGAAGCUAUGAUAUGUUGCAAGAGGCAUCUGGAGAUCUCCAGAGAAAUUGGGGAUAAGCUUAGUGAGGGACGAGCUCUGUACAAUUUAGGAAAUGUGUAUCAUGCUAAGGGCAAGCAAGCGAGCAGGAUAGGUCAGGAUCCUGGAGAAUUUUCUGAAGAUGUUAGACAAUGUUUGGAACAGGCUGUGCGCUAUUACGAAGAAAAUUUAGAACUGAUGAGGGAACUGGAAGAUUCUGCGGCACAAGGUAGAGCUUGUGGUAAUCUCGGCAAUACAUUUUACUUGUUGGGUGAUUUCCAACAGGCCAUUUAUUAUCACAAUGAACGUUUGAAAAUCGCUAGAGAAUUUGGCGACAAGCCGGCCGAGAGAAGGGCCAAUAGCAAUCUAGGAAAUUCGCACAUAUUUUUGGGCGAAUUUGAGAAAGCUGCGCAACAUUACAAGAGAACUUUAGUUCUUGCACAAGAGUUGGGCGAUCGUGAGGUAGAAGCGCAAGCGUGUUAUUCUUUGGGCAAUACGUAUACUCUUCUGCGUGAUUACUCCGCGGCUAUAGAAUAUCAUUUGCGGCACUUGAGUAUAGCUCAAGAAUUGAAAGAUCGUGUCGGUGAAGGGCGCGCCUGUUGGUCAUUAGGUAACGCUUACGCUGCGAUGGGCAAUCACGAGAAGGCGCUACACUACGCAAAUCUGCAUCUACAUAUUGCGAAAGAGCUGGAAGAUCAAAUGGGUCAGACUACCGCGCAAAUGAACGUCGACGAUUUACAAAAAAUUUUGGGUCUGGAAAAGAGCCAGCAGGAAAGUAACAAAGAGAACAUGAACGUGCAGAAACUGUCGACAAAUUCAACGUCAAAUGUCCCGUCAACCACUCCCUAUAGAUACAGACUCAGACGGCAAAGCAUGGAUAAUUUGGAUCUCAUCAAGCUUACACCCGAUGCAAAACAGAAGGAUAAGACAGACAUUGUACGAGAAAAAAGUGGCAGCAUUACGUCGGAACCGUCCCAACAGAUCGAAGAAGAUAACUUCUUUGAUCUGUUAUCUCGGUUUCAAUCAGGUAGGAUGGAUGAUCAACGUUGUGCGCUCAACACAAAGCAUAACGCAAAACACAGGACAACAAUCACGUCGGAAGUGUCCGAAAUGGAAGACAAAGAUGGCGAAGAUUUACUAGAAUUAAUCGCUGGAAUGCAGAGCAAAAGAAUGGAUGAACAACGAGUAACUUUACCUUAUCUGCCGGGAUUGAAUACCAACCAUAAUACCAAUCAGGACGCGGAUGAUUCCUUCAUCGAGAUGCUUGUCCGAUGCCAGAGUUCGCGUUUGGAGGAUCAACGAAGCCCUCUGCCAGCAGCAUCGACGCUGCAGGACGCCGAGGAAGAGAGAGGUCGAAGAGCCAACGGAAACGCACAGUCGGGUUCUACUGUGCCCGAAGAGGAUCUUUUCGCGUUAAUCCAAAGACUUCAAGCCGGACGGAUGGAAGAUCAAAGAGCUUCCGGACCCGGCAAGACCUGCUAGAUUCGUAAUGAGCAGACGAUGACUUAAAAACUAAUAUAAUAGAAUAUAAUAACGGUCUGAAAACUUACGAAAUCUGUAGCUCGAACUUUCUGCUGCGAUCAGCUACAGCAUCUUCUCAAAGCAGCAAACAAAAUCCGUCAACUUGCGUGAUUUUCCGUCAGCGUGCCAGUGCGGGGAUGGUUUGUCUUUUUCCCGUAAUAGAGAGGAAAGAGGAUAUACGGCCUCUUUCCUCAACUCACUAAUAGAAUUUCUUAUGUAUUUUCCGGUUUAAAACUGCACAUCACGACAUUACUGAUUUCGAAUGACGAACAGUGCGACAGUAACUUUUCGGUUGAUUAUCUAGUAAUAAUGACUGCCGUUAGUCUUUUUGGCUACUCUAUUAAAUGAAUUGUUGAAUUUAAACGAUACGAUCUACAUUCUAUCAAUAGACGAGCUAUUUGUCGAUCAUUAGAAAAGGCUAAAAUAUAACUCGUGAAUGUUAAACUUAAUGUGUUUGCAAAACUCGACGACCUCGGUGAUUUUGUGUAACAUGCCAGUAAUUAGAAUCAGUUUUUAGUGCUAUCGUGAAUUUUGCGCGAUAUACCUGUUUUACACAAUACAAGGAUUAGAUGAUUGCACGUUGCGAUACAGAUUUUUCAAAACACUGCCACUUAUGGGGAUGUGGAUUAUUUUUUUCGAACAUUCCGUCGUGUGUGAUCAACGCAAAGAAUCCUACAAUGUUCG